AUGUCGUCUCUGGCUCGCGCUCGGUCGCUUCGCAAGCCCGACGGCCCGACGGCCCUGCCACCGCCGCGCGAACGCCCCAACGAGGCGAGCCACGACCCCAACCGCAAUGCCUCCCCCAGCCGGCUACCAACGAAGCCGUCUUCGCGGCCCGCGUCUACAAUGAGCCCCGCGCGGUCCACGAGCGUGCGCCUCAACCGACCGGGUAGCUCAUCCUCCACCGCGUCCUCGGCAACAGCAUCGACGGUACCUAAGCGGUCUGUUUCGCUGGGAAAGAAGACGACGACGACCAACAAGACACAGGGGGGGCACACCGCCGCUGCCGCUGCCGUUGCGCCGCCUGCGAGAAAGGACACGCAGAGAUAUCCGCCGCUAUCUUCGGCCACGCGGCCUACCUCGAUGGUAUUGAGGCCGACGUCAGCCGGCUCCACGGCGGCGGCACCGGCGGCGACGAGGCGCACGACACCGAUGCACACGCGUGCCAAGAGCACGGCGACAGCGGGCACGAGCGCAGCACGGACGACCGUACAACCGCCGACCACAGGGCAGGAACGAAAGAGCAGAUCGCGGCCCCCGUCGCGCGAUCCGACCUCUUCGUUAUCCUCAGCUACCGCCGCCCCAGGCACGCCGAAACGCCGCGCUGUCUCAGUCGACAAGCCGGCAGCGCCCACCACACCAAUGACCACCGCCGCCGCCACAACCCAGCCGCGCCUACAGCACCGCCCGGCCUUUACCACACUGCAGCAGCGCUUCUCCCCCGCCAAGACCAGCUCUCCCAAGCCGGCUACAGCGUCAUUCACGCAGCCACCACGGCCGGCGUCGCCCUCCAAGCUGCCCGCCAACGUAGCUGUCGCCGCCGAAACGGCGCGCCUGCAGACGACGCUUUUGCAAUUGCACCUGCUGCACCAAGCCGGGGGCCCAGCCGAGACGCGGUGGCGCGCCAGCGCUCAGGCGACGCUCGGGGCGCGCUUUCGCGGGGUGCGUGACAAUCACCGCGCGCUGGUGGACCGCGAGGUCGCCGCCAUCGAGGCGGACAAUCUCGCGGCGUUGCAUCGCUGGGCGGGGGUGGGGGCCACGCUCGACGAAAAAGUCCGGGCGUUGGACGCCGCGGUCAGCGGCGUCUGGGGCAUGAGCGAACCGGGCGGUAAGUACGCGCGCGCGGUGCGCAAGUUUGAGCGUUGGGUCGAGCGCGUCAUGGACCUCGAGGAAGCGCGCGAGAAUGGCACCCUUGGCUGCUUACUAGCAACCAGCGGCGGCCGCGGUAGCACCGGCGGUAGCGUGGAGGAUGCGCUCUUCGUGCCAGAGCUGGACCCGGCGUGGGCUGACGACUGCGCGGCCAUGGCGCGCAAGCUCGAGAACUGGCAGGAGCAGCUGGACAGUACGGGCUCCGAAAACGAUCUGGGACCGCAAGACCGGGCCACGAGUCUGGGCCGCAUGCUGGAGGGCGCGCGCCGCCUGCUCGUGGACAUGCUGGCGGAGCUCGCGGCCAUGGAGGAGAUUCGGCAGGCGGCGGUGGUGCGCGAGGAGAACUGGAUCGAGGCGAUGAAUCGGGAUGAGGAGGAGGACAAAGGCGACGUCAGGCCGCGAGCUGGUGCGGUCUGGCGGGCCGUGUAA